AAGUCGGCCUUCCACCUGAGUCGUGUGUCUGUGCACGCCCUGGGAGAGGGAUCAACGGCGGCCGCUGCGGCCUUGUGGGAGAACAAGAAGCUGAAGGGCACCUUCCAUCUGCGGCAGAACCUCAGCGCCAUGAGCUUCCACGACAGAGUGCGGCUCAUGGACUACCACGACGUCCGUGUACCAGAUAGUGUGUUGUUGUGUAACUCUCGGCUAGAAGACAGCGAGGUGACCCAGUGGCCGCGGCCCGAGUGUGGUGACCGGCCCCUCCACGUCCUCAGCUCUCGCAUCUGCAACACCAACCUCCUGGAGGAUUUCAACACGCUGCUGUCACACUCUGACACGCUGCCCCUCGGCGGUCACCUCGUGCUACUCACCACCACCUUCCUGACCCGGCUGAGCUCCACGCUACUCUACAUCCUGGCGCGCUCAUUUGAGGCCACAAGCCUCCACGGCCGGCCCAACUUGUGGGCUCAACAGUUGCUCCUCUUGUCAGGUUUCCGCGGGCUGAGUCCCAGUCUGGAGCGACACCUGACCACUGCCCAUCACCGGCUGACGGCCGAGGAGGAGAGGGGUCAAAGUCAGGGCUGUCUGAUGGAGUUGUACAGUUUCCUCAGCCUGCUUAAUGAUCGCAAGUUUGUCCAGUUUUUGACGGCACACAAUAACUACGCCCUGGCUGGAUUGGUCAACGAGCUGCUCAAACUGAACAAACCGCCGGAGGAAAUGGCCGCCGAUGGAGAGGGACAGCAAAAUCUGACGUAGUGUUUCAGGGGCCGGGGGGAGAGAGG